UUCGUUUUUUGCUGUAAAAUAAUGCUUUUCCUUUAAAUAUGCUUUUGAAGUAGUAAUAGUUGAAGUAAGUGCGUUUUAUCCACAGGUUCAGAAAAAGCGCCAUUAAUAAAACCGCCGCAGUCUGUGCCUUUAUUUUAUUUAUUUUUAAUUGGCGGGUAUGUCGUUGGCAAGUGAAGUGGAUAAGAUGCAGGCAAAGGCAAUUAAACAAGAGGAGGAGAAGUGUGAUGUUAGUGCACUCAACAAAAUCAUGUCGGUUUGUAAAGGGCCUGAACAGACCUCUGAGUCUGAGGCACAUACUUUUAAUUUCUUUAACAUACCCACGAUAAAUGAAAGUGAGGUAGAAGACACUCCAAUUGUAUUCUUUUGCACGAAGUGUCGGCUACCGGUGGGAGACUCUACGUCUUGGAUGGGCAGCGACGAGCCGGAAAAUACUAUUUUUUUGAAAAGUGUAACGAAAUAUGCUGUUAUGGGCAAAGAACAUAAAUUUUCCCAGGAAUCACAGUACGGUUGCAUUUAUGUGAAUCUGAUCUGUUCUGGCUGUUCACUGGAACUCGGCAGAGUCUACAUAUGUACACCAAGGCAGCUCGACUUCAAGCGUGAUCUCUAUUGCUUAAACAUUACUUCACUUGACAGUUAUGUCAUAGGAUCUACACAAGGUGAAAUAUCUGAAGAUGUGCCUAUCUGUACUGAAACCCGAAGAUAUAUAGAAGGUGAAAUGGAAAAGACAAAAGCAGUGGUGGAAAUAAUGGAGAAGAAAGUUACAGCACUGGAAGCAAAGCUUAAAAUCCUAGCAUAUCAAUCCUUAGAGACUGAGAAAUGAGGACUGCAGUUUUGGUGAAAGAAAGUGGCCAUGUUAAAGAUUAUUUAAGGUUUUACAGUGACGUUGCAGGUGUUGCUUUCAUUCUGAUAUACUUCUGAGUGGUGCAUGGGUUUUAAGCAUUUGAUAAAAAUGUUCUUUAACUUUGUUAAAAAGUAGUAAUAGCGGUUACAAGAAAAGUGUUACAUUGAGUACCAUGUUCCUAGAGUCCUCAAUAUUGUCAUGAUAUCACCUAUUUGUACCCAGUGUUUACUGAAAAUCAAAGGUAAUAUGACCCUUUAUUCCCAGAAUCCUGGGAUUUCUGUUAUGCUCAGUGAUUGUAAUUACUGUCUUAGUAAGAACUGCAUUAGAAUUAUGGCUGAAGAAGUUAAAAUAAAACCUUGAUUUCCAGAAUA